CUGACUUUGACAGUACAAUUACGAAAACACAAGCGCAUAAAUGUCUCCCCGCGAUAUUUUCGUAAGAAAUGACUUCUACAAAUGAUGGGAAAGACGUGAAAAGUAAUCAAACAAGUGGCCCAAAAGGCAAAACAUAUUACAUUGAACUUUACAAGGCGCUCGAAGCCGGUCUGAACAGCGACUGUGGACUUCGCGAACGUACGCAACACUUGUGCGAGGCGUGGCGACGCAUUCACAGUCUCUGUCAGCACUCGGCUUCCACCACACACCCACACUUGCUGACAUGGCUGCAGAGGCACACUGCUAAGACUGUGCUGCAGACGGAAUGGCAGUCCCCAAAAUGCAAGGAUCAACACAAAAGGCUUGAGGAUGCCAUCAACGCGUUCAUCAAGGAGUGUGGGGGUCGGACGAGCAAGGAUGCAGGUCCACCAGCCUGGGAGGUCCAGCUGGUGGCAAGGGGGGAGUUCUUCAAACAGAUCCUCAGCAACCCCUGGGGACACCCUGUCCUUAGGGUGUUGCUGGAUCCAAGGGGAGAACCACCUUCGGAUGAGGAAGUACUAGCAUGGCUGAAGGAGGAGCGCGGCGUGAUGUUCGUGACGCGGUUGCGGCAGCUGGCGGCGUCCAAGUGCGACGACUUGGCGCUGGCGCUCUGCUCCGCCGUGCUCGACCGGGUCCGCGCCUGCGCACCGCCCACCUCCGACACUGAGGCUGAUGGCAUCGCCGAUCUUAAGGAUAAGUCGGACUCAAAGAAGACGUUCGAGGAUGUCCUGAAGGCGGAGGCGGGGUUCACAGUCGAUGUGUUGGAACUGCUUGUUGACAUGGAGUUUGUACUCCUCUAUAAAGGAGACAAACGAUCGCAUUGUAUCGAACUGGCCAAACAAACGCCUCUCCGCAAUGGCUACCAGCUGGUGGAGAGGCUUCAGAGCCGGCUCGAGACUUCGCCCCGAGAGAAGAAAUUAUGGAAGAACGCCAAAGAUGUUGCGACAUUGAUUGCUCAGGUGAUAAUAACCCGCUGCAUGGUGGUCGGGGCGUGCGGCGGCGUGGCGCGCACGGCGCUGUACUGCUGCGCGCGGUCGCUGGUCCGCGCGCUGGGCCCGCGCUUGCCGCCCGCCGCCCGCGCGCUGGCCGCGCCCGCCGCCACCGCGCGACAUCUGCACACCCUCGCCGCCGCCGUCGAUGCGCAGAGCACCCCGGACAUGAAGCCAUUUGUGUGUGAGUUGUAUGUGCGAGCAAUCACUGCUGGUAUGAACGAGCUUGAGAGGCUCAAACUUAAGACUGAAAAGGAGGCGGAGGCGCGCGGCGCGGAGCAGACGCUGGCGGGGUGGUUCACGCAGCUGGGCGCGCUGCUGGCGCCCAGCGCCCGUCUGCGGGCCGAGUGCGCGCUCACCGCCUUCUCCGUGCACCCCUCGCCGCACCUCUACGACCGCGUCAGCAGGGCCUCGCCGCCGCCGCCGCCCGCCCGGGAUGUUCACGAAACGAAAGAAGAACCAACUUCUGAAUUCGGUAGUUGGGCGAGCGAUUCCCGUUCGCAGACAAACUUUGUGAAGACUUCAGAGACUUUGAACCUUAAACAUACGAAGAAUCAGGCUAAUGUGCUGUCGACUGCGAUAUUCAGUGAGGCCGAAGCCCUAGGGAUCAGCCCGGAGCUCUGCACUGAUAUUGCUGUGUUAUUGUCUGGCCCUAGACUGAAGACCCUUUCAUGGGACAUGGACAGGGAGAAAUUAUUGGAAAAUUGUCGAGCGUACAUGGAGCGUACGAAGUUCGGUACCUGUGCGUUGACCACGGAGUUGAAGUAUUUGAACCUGGACCCGAGCCAGUUUCAACAUCUGCCCGAGGAGGAGGAUGACGAUACUGACAUGUACUAUGGGAUUGAGAAAGGCUACGAGCAUCUCGUAGAACAAUAUCAGGACCCUGAAGAAAUAUGGCAAGAUGCUGACGAUUCGGAAAGAACACAGAGUGCGCGGUCUACUGACAUUGAAGACAGCCCUGUACGAAACAAGAAAAUACAGAGGAAAUCCAAGAAACCCCUCUCCUCAGAGGACGAUUCUGACCCCCUCAGCCUCGUUGCAGAAGCCAAAAGAAUAGAAAAGAAGAAAGAACGACCCCACAGCAAAGAAAGAAGUAAAGAGCGUAAACGAACAAAACCUAAAGCUAAACCCAAAGAUCCUUUAGAGGUAACUGAAUCAGAAGCAAACCAAAGUACAGAGGUAAAGAAAGAACCUAAAAAGAAGGAAAAGCGGGAGAGAAAGAAGAAAGAAAAGGUGGUUAAGACCCCGGCAGCUCAAGCGAAACCCUCUUCUUUGUCAAAUUUGAUUGGGAUGAAGGUUUCUACGAUUGCGAACCAGAAACCAGAGGUUGUGAGGCCUCCUAAAAUGCCGUCAGUCAGCCAGUCAGUCAGUCAGUCAGACAGUGACUAUGACAGCCAAGGCAAGCUCUCACUACACUCUGGUAUCUCGGAGCCCAACGAACCUGAUGUCCUAUUUGAUGGCCUAUUUUCUAUGGACGAAUUAAAAUCACCGGAAAAGAGUUCAGAUAUGAAUCCAGUUAAGCAAACAGAAUCACAAAUUACUAAUGCAAUAACUCCACCUGUUGGAAUCACUCAGAAUAUACCGACAAAUGAGACUGCAAAGUCAAAAGUACAGGAAAAGCCGAAGUCUAGAACCAGUUCUCCAAGCAAUUUGACUUCUACUUUCAGUCCAAGCAACAUGUCUGUGAAGGAAAGUUUAAGUAAACUGCUGCAUUACAGGCGGCAGAAGUCAUUUCCUGAUAUGGAACCAAAAAUUAACUUGCAACCCAAUGUAGUUCAUACUUACACUUAUAAGAAAGGAACUGAUACGCCAGUGAUAACUCCUCAACCUCCGAAGCCGGUGCCACUAUCGCCCACACCAGCUCACUUCUCUCCGAAGCCGGUGCAACUGUCACCAACACCAGCUCAUGUCUCUCCGAAACCUCAAAAUGCCCAAGACGCUCCAAAAAUCUUCAUUAAUCAGGCCCAAUCAACGCAACUAACAGAUUUGAAGAAUGAAGUUAACAACUUACUGAGUGCUAAAACCUUUGGAAUAGCAAGACCUGUCGUGCCUUGCACCCCUAAGCCAGUACAGUUGAAUAAUUCUCUGCCAAGUGGAAGCCGGUUCCCCAGCCCAAGUGUACACAAAUUACCACCAGAUAUGUACAAACCCGCGACAGAUACAAAGGUGGCACGUCCUAAUAUUUUAAACAAGCCAAAGCCUGAAAAAGGCAAUUCACAAAAAUUUCACGUAUUUCUUAAAGAACUUCAGGAGUCUAUUAACGCAGGAGCUGGCGAACAGACAAGUAAACCUACUCCUUGCAGGAAAGAAAUUAAACCAUUGAGCAGGGUCACUCCAGUACUGCCCGCAGCGAAGGCUGAACACAAAUCAUCUCCCCAAAGUGCCAAACAAACCCCAAAGAAAUCUGAUAAUCUUUUAAACACGUUUUCACGCCUCAGUUAUCUACACAAGAAUAAAAUAAACGGAGUAAAUCCCGUUGUCGAAGCCCUUAUUGAAUAUCAGAGUAAAACGCUUCAAAAUCCCCCGAAUGAUGCCGAAAUAGACCGGAUUGUAAUUGAACAGAGAAAGGCGAAAGAAAAAUAUUUAUCAAUAAAAAAUGAGCCGAGACACGAUAGACAAACAUAUCAGCAACAUGACAACAGUCUGACUGUACAAAGGAAGAUUGAUAAGCCAAAACAAAGUAUUUCGAAGCAAAAUCCUGUAAUGGCUAAUAUACUAUCUAGUACGAAGCCGUAUAAACCUGAGACUCAUAACAAAAAUAGUAAAAUGGAAUCUCCACAAGAUACACCAACAAUAAAUGCAUUAACAGAAAAAGAUCAAGAAGAAUUAGUUCUUCUAUUGCGUCAGCAAUCGAAACUUAAUCAGCAAAGACCAUGUGUUAAGGAGAGAGUUCCUCCCCCACAGACGAUUACAUGUCCCACGCCUUCGAGCUAUCAGAAUCCCUGUUCUAGUCAGUCGCUAUUAAAGAACAAGACUUCAGAAACUCCUAAUGUCACUGUAGGCAAUGUCUGCAUCAAACAAGUAACUAAACCUAGUCCAAGUAUAAAGCCAUCGAACCUCAAUAAUUGUGAUCCCAAACCACAAACAAAACCUUUAAACAUGGUGAAGACUGAAUAUAACUUUCCUAAAACGGUAGACCCGAAGACACAUAAGAUUGAGCUUUUUAGUAGCAAUGAGGGCAAGACUAAGCACAAACCUGAUACAUCUAAAGCUAGUGAGAGUAAAGAAACUGAUUGGGAGAAGGUGAUGGACGCCAUUUUGUCCCAUAAGACCCCAAGUCGAGGCCCAAACGCUCUCGACAUGGCAUUGAAUAAAGACAGCUAUAAAAAGACAGAAAAUCCGUUUCAAAGUUUGCGUAAUCAAAGGAUAGUCAAGACAAACUCUACUGGAGAUAAUAAAAUCAAAAUGGUGAAUGUGAUAUCCAAAGGUCAGGCUAACACGGUAAUGAAUGCUGACCCGAAAACUACCCCUCCUCCGCCCACACUAAGUCGGUCAAACUCGGAAACUGUCAUUAAAACCAGUAAAAGUAAAAAGACCCCGGCUAAGAGUCUUCUGAAAGCUUCGGUAAACACCACUACUACAGAAGUUUCGUCGAAGAUAAAGCCGACACAAUCUGAAAUGCCGAAACGGCAAACUCAGUCUGAAAAGAGAUCAAUGCAUUCCUCGAAAGACCAGGCAGAAGUGUACAAGAAAAUACAGUUAAAAAAUAAUGAGAAACCAUUUACGACUACGUAUUUCAAACAUGACGACCCUUUCAUCUCAGGUAUACCUAACUCGGAUUAUGAUCUCCUUGAGGAAUUGAUGGAUGAUGAUUUACGACAAGAAAUCGGAGAAUUAUCGUCUGACGAAGAGAGUUAUGCAACUCCAAUGCGUGGCUUAAAAGAAAAGUGUUUCAAUAUGAGUAAUGUGUCCAUUCCAGUAGUGCGAGAAGAAAGACGCUCAAAUUCAACAGCGAUUAAUAAUGUCUCAGUGCAUAAGAAAACCGACCCAAAAGUGGUAUUAUGUGAAAUCCCAAAGGCUACCUUUGAUCCUUCUAAGCAAAUACAUACUCCAGGAUUUAUCGAUCCGAAAUGUGUCACUAAAAAUGUUGAUGUUACAAAUCCAACAGUGACAGUUCAACAGCUACCCAAAAGUGUCAAUAUUUCUUCGAAGAAGACAAAUAGACAAAGCCUUAAUGUUAAAAUUGAUCAGCUACGAGCAAAGAGUCAGGCUGCAUCUACAGCUGGAGCACCGCGGCAAGCUACCUUAAAAAACAUGGUUCUUAUCGAAUCAGACGUUGUAUACCAACCCUGCACUAUUCAAAAUCCUAUUCGCACGGCUGCUCCAACCCAAAACACAUACGUAGCAUUUAAUAACCAGUCAAAUAUGGCUAUUUAUCAGACCACACAAUUCGCUUCACCAACAGUAAAUCCGGUUAUCAUAGGAAAUGCUACAGUAAAAUUACCAGCGACGGUUAAUAAACCUGAAAGUAAACAAACGGUCACUAAAAGCGAAGCAGUAGUAAACAAUGUUCCAAACAAGAAUGCGCAAGAUGCUAAAACCGAUAAAUCAGAACCUAAAUCUAACUCAGUUGAUAACGUGAAUGGUGACAUUACUUCUAAAACCGACAAAGAAAAAGUUGAUAUUAAUUCUAAUAAGAAUACUUCUGAAAGGAAGGUCCUAUCUGAAGUACAGGAGAAACAGAAGGUAGCUGAGAAAACAGAACAGAAGACCAGGAGCCAAUCAAGAACGAAUUGCGAGAAGGUCAAUGAAGUACUAAAAGACCAAGAAAGACUCCAAAAGAAACGCAUGUCUAUACUAAAUAGGAAUAUUACUCACCGAAGCGAUAAGCAAGCAAUCCCAUUGACGUAUGCUCCAAUUAUCGCUAUUAAAAUUGUACCAACUGUACCUCAAGAAAUGAAUAUUUCUGCUGGCACUAAAAUUGACAAUACAAUUCAAGCUAUAAAACUAGGAACACUGGUGAACCUUAAAGUGUUGAAUGUAGAAAAACCUAAGCAUGACGCUAACAAAAAUUGCAAAGAAAAUAAAGACAAGAAGACACCGCGUCGUAUUGUAUUGCGAUCUUCUAGCAACAAGGAAAUCAGCCUAGAUGCAGUUACAGCCAAGAAAGUGGCUGCACCUAAGAAAUCUAAAGCUAGAAUAAAACAGUCUUCUACGGAAACUGGUAAUAAAAUGAUUGAGACCACUGGGGGAAUUACAAAUAAACCAAAAACACCGAAGAAAGCAACACCUAAAAAGACACUUAAUAAAACUAUCAAAAAAGGAGAAGUAAAGAAGAAAGCGACUAAAGUCCAGCCUAAAAGAAAUGCGAAGCUAAAGCUUAAUAUUGACAAUAAACCCGACUUGAUUCAGGAGGCAGAAAUACCAAACAAACACACAGUAAUGAUGGAUCUUGAGGAUCAAAUAGUAACAUCUAAAAUCCUUAAAGUAAUAUCCCCAGACCAACCUGUGCCAUCCUUAGUUGAAAUUCCUAACGUGGAUGAGAUUUUGGAAAGCGUUGAAAGCGACACUGUCGUUAAUACGAGCCCAAGUAUUCUGGACAAUGAUGAUUCACUUAGCCUCCUGUUGCGGCCUCCGGCUGAUGGCACAAAGGAUGCUACAGUUACUCCUGAGAAAAAUGCUGAUGAAGGGUCAUUAGACAAAGAGGUUACCGCCCCUUUAGUAACUGACACUACGCAAGGUAAUGUAACUGAUGCAAACAAUAAACAAUUAGUAACAGAUCCUGACGUAGUUGAUGAAAUUGAAAGUUAUGUGAAAAAAUUAGAAGAUAGCAUAAAAGAUACAGCUGACAAACAACACAUAAGUUUAGCUUGUAAAGAAAUAAUGUACAGUACAGAGGACUGCACAAGUUCACUUUCCGCCGAAGUUCCAACUAGAGUUCAAGGUGAAAAUCGAAAAGUUGGAGCACAAGUCAACAACAAAACAUCUGCUCCAGUGUUUAUUAACAAGAAAGUAGUUAAUGCUCGAAAACUAAUGGCAAAUGAAGUAAUAUGCAUUGACGAUGAUGAUGAAACCACCCAAAGCAAGAGACGUAAUAAGAUUGAUGACGAUGACAUACCACAAGCUUAUUUGGAUGCUAUUGAAGUGGAUGAACUACCUCAUUUAAAUAAAGGCGAUCCGACAAGUACAGCCUUGCGGGUUAAGCUGCCCUGUGGAAAAGUAUUUAAGGCGACCGUCCAUGGUCAAACGAAUCUUGGCGUCGAUGCAUUGUUUUCGUCCAAUUCUCUAAGAAGAACUAUAUUGAAAAACAUUUAUCAUAAAAACAGAUAUACUUUAAACGUAAAAAUCAAACCAGAUGGUAAUGAAGGUGAUAUAGAGAAUAUUACCAUAACAUCUGAAGUGCCGGGUAUUGUGGUUGACACAAUAGAUUUACUUAGUGACUCCGACGAAGAAGCCCAAUGCAUUCAAACACAAUAUGGCAAGUACAACGUAAAAAAUAUAGAUAAAAACUUAUUGGAAAAACAUCAAAAAGUGUUAGAUAAAGUGUGUUCUGUAAAAUUAACAAAAGAUAAUCUAUCUAGUCGUUCAAGCAGCCAGAAUGAUUUGACGAAAGAUACGGUUCUAGAUGGAUCUGUUUAUGAGGACAUUAUUUUUUCACCUAUGUCUCAAUCUACACUGGAUCUCAUUCCACCUGCAUUAGAAGCUGAUUCUUCACUUGCUGCUAUUGAUGUGCAACCGAUGAGUGUGCCCGAGGUACAAUCAAUUGUUCAACCUGAACCAGAACCCGAAACGAUACCUGAUGUACAAUUGGCAUCUGAACCUGAAUUGCCACCAGUUACGAAACCAAAAAGUCGACCAGUAAUUCUCUCUAAUGUGUUAAUUUGCCCACCUGUGAAGCAGACUGCGUCUAAAUCUGAAAGGCAACCAGUUUCUGUGGUCCGUGAUGUGCAAUUAGGGUCUAAGUACGAAUUACGGUUAGGAUCGAAAUCUCCAGAGCCAUCCGUUCCAAAGGCUGAUCAACUUGUAUCCAAGUCCGAAGACCAGUCGGCUGCCAAGUCUGAAAUACCACCAAUUGCUAUAUGUGACGGAUCCAGUGUCAAGCCCGAACUGCAAUCAGGGUCAAAACUUGAGGAGCCAGUAUCUCAAUCUAAAGUGCCAACAGUUACUAAACUUGAUGAUCAACUGAUGUCUAAAGCCAAAGAGCAAUCAGGCUCUAAUUCAGAAAUACUGCCAGUUGUUAACGUGCAGCUUGGGUCCCGAUCUGAAGAUAAAACUGGCUCCAUGCUCGAAUUCUUACCAGCUUCUAAGCCCGAUAUGCAACCAGCUUCAAAUUCUGUAAUGCUUCCAGUUGCUACGGCAGACGUGACUAAAACACGAUCGCAGUCAGCCGAACCUCAGUCCGUUUCUAAACCGAAUACAUUAGUGUUAAAACCUGAUGGUAGACCGGGUCGUACACCAGACGCACAAACGACACCAGAGCCAGAUGUGAGACCGAUAACCAAAAUUGACCUGCGGCGCGCAUCUAACUCUGAUAUCAGGCCACGGCGUAUUCUACACCGUCCUUUGCGGCCCAGUGUGAUUAUACGAAAUCAAAACAUUAGAUCAAGAAAUCAAAUAAAUAUUACAUCUAAACCUAUUCCGAAAGAACCAAUAGAGGUAAUAGAGAUCGAUGAUUCAUCCAGUGACGAAAAUGAAACUAUCACAGGGCUGAUGCCGCCUAAGAGCGUAGAACUACAAGAACCAAUAAGCGUUACCUCGGAGGACGAUAAAUCAACAGAAAUGAAUGAUAACGCAAAACCAGUAGAAGAAAAGAUAAAUGAGUUUAGAAAUCUAUUAUUCAAAGAACUUGGUAUAGAUUUGGCUGACACUGCUACGCCACCAAACGAGCCUAAUCUAGAAGAACCUGCUGAAAGUUCUACACAUACAAGCGACAUAUUCUUUUCUUUGUUUGAUUCGCCUUUGCCUCGCCAAGUUCUUGAAGGUGCUUCAGAUAGUAACAAAUCUUCGCCUAGCCAUCUCCCGAAAACGCGAGAAUGUUUUGUAAAAGUACCAAAAUGUGACGAUCUCGUAAGGAAAUAUGAAAAUCUAAAAUUACUAAAAGAAUGUUUUGUUAAAUUGGUUCGAUGUGAUGAAAUUAAAACAUCCAAUGAAUUAAAAGCUGGAUAUGCUGAUGAUGUCAUUUUUACCGACGAUGGUAUAUCUGGUACAACUGAAGAGACAACUAAUCUGAUGCGUUGUGAAUCUAUGUCUAUUCUCACCGAAUAUGAAAUACUCGAUACUGAUCAAACCGCUGACCAAAUUAGUAAAGAACAUGAAACCAUUGCUCCUUUGUACGUUGAUCAUACUACAAAAGCUGAAAGAAAUGAAAUGUGUGUAAGGCCGACAUGCGACGCUGAAUGGUUUAUAACCAAACCGAAGAGUUACUUGCAUUCUUACAAUACUACAACAAAUGGAGAUAAAGUAAUGCCCCUCAAGUCCUUGGUAUUAAAACUCUUCCAAAAUGACUUAAUUUUAGAUCAAAUAACUUCUGCUAAGCAGGAAACUAAAUCACAUUGUAAUAAUUUGACAUCAAACCUAAAAAGAAAAUCUCUAGAAAUUAUGACGACAAAUAAUAAAAUGUCUAAAUAUAGCAACACAUCAAGACCUAAGAAACAAAUGCUACAUGACGAAAUCAGUGACAAUGAUACUGAAUCUGUUUCUGAUGUAAAUACUGAUUGCGAGACUGACAAGCAAGACAAUUACAAGCCUCUGGCAAUGGAAAUAUCAGAAAAUAAUUCGACUAUACAGGAAACAGUUGAUGAAAAGUCUAUAAACACUCGUGCAUUUGUUGUAAAUUCAUGCGCAAGCUCCCAGAUGCUGGACGAACUACAAGAACAAAGAAUAGAACUGGGUUCCUCAACUACUUAUGCAGAAAGUUUAAGUGAAGACCCUCCCAGUUCCUCUAUAUUGCAUGAUCUACAACAGACUGAAUUUUAUAUAGAUAAUCAUAAGGAACAAUUUCAAAUUAAUGAUAGCGAUUCAGAACUGAAAGAGGCUAAUACUAUCGCUGAAACUAAAGAUAUUCAUGAAGCUGUUGAAGGUGAUAAAAGAACGAAUGAAACUACGCAUGAAUUAUUUUCAGAAUCUAACGCAAUGCAAUAUAGUUCUCAAGAAGAAGCCUGUAAAGACACCGAGGUCACUAAUGUCGUCAAAGCAUGUGACAUCAUUUUCAGUAAAAUAAUUUCCAUUGGUGAUGGCAAUACUGAACCACAUAGCGAAACUCACUCAGAUGACGAAAACACUACCGGAAAAGACGAAGAAAUGGACGGGGACGACACGACAUUGAACGCAACAUCUGAAAUUGAAUCGGCAUCGGUACAAUCAAAUGUCAUCAUGAAGGAAAUAGAUUUGUCAACGGAAAAUACUGUCAAUACUAUCGAUAAUUUUCCAGAGGCAGAUAAGAAAAACGAUCAUAAUAUGAGUUUAGUAAAUAAUGUUGUGGCUACUCAAGAGUUUUUGCCACACGAAGUUACAACAGAAAAUGACAUACAAUUGCAAGAGAUGCAAGUUGAAGACGCUGUUCCAGAGGAAAUCGCUGCGGAAAACUCUGAAACUGGUGAUCUAAAAACACAAGAAAUUGAAGUUUGCGACAAAGCUCCUGAGCUAUACGAAAUUGAAACCAUUAUUGAAAGUGUCGAUACAAAAUCACCAGAGACUAAAAAUGAAUUCGAAACCACUGUGAAAACCGCUAUAGAUAAUACCGAAACUGACGAUACAACAACAAUCGAACAACUUGAAUCACCAUCAGAAAAAGAAAAUAUGAAUGAUUUACCAACACAAGAAUCGAUGAUUUUGGAGAGUAAUCAGACAGAUGUCAUUGUACAAAGUGAAGACACAGUUAACACGAGGCAAAGUACAGAACCAAACGUGGAAAGUAUUGCAGAAGAUAUGGAUGCAAAACUAAAAGAAGUUGAAAGAAAUCUGCGAAGCAUUUUUGAGUAUACCGAAGACGAAACUGAUGAGGAAGUUAGGCCGACUCAAGCAUCAGAAACAAUUAAUUUGGAAGAUGAGGAUUUAACGUACAAGCAAAUAGAGUCAACAUUGCAGAACAUUUGUGGAGGUAUUGUCACAAAAGAUGUUAACACAGAAAUUAAUGAAAGAAGAGAUACUCUAGCUAUAGAAGAAUCUCAAGAAGCAAGGGAAGACAAUUUAAUGAAGAUCCGAUCGUAUCUGCGAAAUAUUUUCGAAGGUACUGACGAUCCAAGACCGAGGACCCCAGUUAUGGAUCAUUCGUAUGGUUCUCCAUGCGCUCCUAAUGUAACACCAGAAAAAACGGAAACUAUGGGAGGUCAUGAGAAAAACAAUUACCCCGUUUUGAAUAUAGACAUAGAAGCUAAUGAAAUAACAACCGAAGAAAAUAUAAUCGAUAAGACCCCCUCCGUUGAUGAUAAUAAUGAAGUCGUCACAGUACUUAAAGUAAUAGAACAUGACACAAGUGAAAAUGAUUGUCAUGCACCAGAAGCUGACGCAACCCAAGAAGGUGAAGUACUUAAUGCAAUAGAAGUAAAUAAUGAACGUUACCCAAAGGAAGACUCGGAAGAAGAUGCUUUGAAUCAGAACCAAGUUUGUCAUUAUGUUUUGGUUGAAGACAACAAUUACUUAAUAGAGGAAGUCGUGGAAAUGCAUAACGAUGAAAUUCUUGAUGACGACAUGGCACAAACAGUUAUCGCUAAUGCAUCAGGUCGAAUGAUUGUAUCUUCAAAUCGAGAACCAAUGCCACAUGAUGAAGACGUAACAAAAAUAGAAGGCCAAGAAAUAGUUCCUAUUCAAAAGAAGGUUAAGACGUUGAAAGCGCUCGAUGAUCCUCCAAGCGCAUUAUGGAAUCCUAUUCCAAGCCUAUUGAAUUAUGGGGACACUAACCAACAUCCCAGUGUACUGAUUACACAACAAAUUGAUGAACAUGGUCAGAUUGAAGAAAUAGACAUCAAGCUUAAUGUUCCUAUGGUAUCGUAUUCCAAGAAAUAUCCGAAUGGCCUCCAUUUUGAUUAUGUUUUUAGAGGUAAUAAAACAAGGAGCUUGAAACGUAAAGCCGAGAUGACUGAUGUGAAGUUGUAUGAGAAGAAGUAUAGGAAAGGAAAGAAUAUUGACUACCCGAAAAUUACCAUCACAACUAUGGGUGACUCUGCGUAUAGCAAGGAGUUCAAGCGUCUUCUGGAUUACUGCAGCUCCGUCAAAUUUUCUUAUUCACGCCCUUUUCAUAAAGAGCACAUAGACGUACAUCAGCUAUUAAAAGCAUGGCCUAUAAGAGGUAUUUGUAAAAUAGAACAAUCUGAGACUGAACCGGACGACGCGCUAUUUACUGACAUAGAUCAGAUGGACGAUAAAUCACCUGAUCCAAUGUCGCUGACAUUAGCUGAAGAAAUUAACACUGAAUAUGACGAAUCAGACUACAAAACUUGCGAUACAAAUGAAACCAAUUUCCAUAUGGGUUUUGGUGAGGGGUCCGGCAGAGUCAUACAAAAUUUGGAAGACGGAUGUGGUACAAAAUUUUCGGCUGCGACUCUGUCGGACGUAAAACAAACUCAGCCGCUUUUACUGUCCGAAGGUUAUGUUAACUAUAAACUUGUGCGUAAAUCUGUUAAUUCUAUAAACUAUGAUGAAAUAGACAAGAUGAAAAACAAUAUUAGAUGCAUUGUACUAAAGAAUAAAGUCCGAUCUUUCUUUGAGCAGACGAUGGCAGAAUUGAGUUGUGACUGGAUGAAACGGCAAAAUAAAAAAGACGUGUCGUAUGCCAAUGGGUUGCUUGACUAUUCAAAAUUCCCAUUUGGACUGACAGACCCAGAUUUUAUAGAUCCUGCGCCAUUCGAAGCCGUUGUUCAGGUUGUACAAGUCGGACAAUUACCUGUCAGCGCGUCCGCUCAGAAUCCUGUGACAUGUGAUCCUCGAGUCACGCAAGUGUCGAACGUUAGUCCAUCUCAAUGCUCCGCUGAAAACAGUCCCGGCGAUGACCAAUCUGUGAUAAAAACAGAGUACACAGAACUUACAACCGCUGACUUGAGCAUGCCAUUGGCUCAAGAAUACGUCCAGCAUAUCCAGUCAAUGCCAGUACCAUCACACGAUGAGAUGAACUAUCCAAUGGCUAGUAAUUUCACCGUCGAUGUAGACAUAAAACCAGAAAUUAAAAUAGAAAUGGAAGAAACACCUGAAAUAAAGGAAGAGGUAAAUGAUAAUUUUGAGAACAAUGAGUAUCCACAGAUGUUUGAGAAAAAUAUGAUGAACAACGUUGAUUACUCAUAUGAAACUAACCAUACGCAUUUACCACCUUUGGAACCCAAUCCUAAUAUGAGUAUGAUGUAUAAUUACACUGAUAAGCAGACUCCUGUGGCUCUGCCUGUGCCUGUGCAUGAAGAAUAUCCUCAUCUGAAGCAGCACGAACACAUGCAUAUGCAUCAACCAGAAAUGGAGCAGCAAUACCAACAACUCCAGCCAGAUCUCGAGCAAUACCAACAGAUGCAGCCAGAGCAUGAGCAAUAUCAAGUUCAGGACCAAUACCAACACCAACAGAAGCUAAUACACGAGCAAUAUGAACAAGAACAGCAACAUCUGCAACAGCAACAACACGAAUAUGAGCAACGACAGUUAGAACUACGCCAGUUGCAAUUUGAACAAGAGCAACAAAAACUACAGCAGAUGCAGGAACACCAGCUCAAACAACAACAAGAGGAGGAACAGAGGCAACAACAACAACGUUUACUUGAGCUGAAGGAACAAGAGGAAUUGAAACAACAACAGCAUUUACAAGAACUGAAACUGCAACAAGAGGAAUUGCAACACCAACAACAUUUACAAGAGCUAAAACUGGCGCAAGAAAAACAACAACAACAGCAGCAGUUGCAAGAACUAAAACAACAACAGCAAUUACAAAAACAACAAGAACUAAAACAUCAAAAGGAGAAACAAAAAGAACUCAAACAACAGCUGCAGAAACAAGAACACAAACAAAAGCAACAAAAACAGCAAGAGCUCAAGCUACAACAGCAACAACAAAAAGAAUUAAAACAGCAACAAUUAAAGUUACAAAAACAACAACAACAGGAAAUGAAACAACAACAAUUAAAACAACAGAAACAAGAGCUACAGCAAAAGCAACAAAUGCAACAACAUGAGUUGCAGCAGAAGCAUCAGCUGCAGCAACAGCAACAACAGCUAGAGCAACAGCAGUUGCAACAACAACAGCAGCAAUUACAAUUACAACAACAGCAGCUACAGCAGCAACAACAUCAGCAGCUGCAACAAAAUGGAUCACAAGAAAAAACUGACCAAAUUGCUCAUGCGAUGAGUGCAGCGGGAAUCACUGCAACUACAGAACCCGUCUCAAAUAACAGAACACAAGCUAUUGUGAACAUGUUCUCCCACAAACUAAGGCAAGGCAACGUCACCACGAAUCAAACGCAAAGUAAUUUUCAGAAAACUACAUCUAUUAAUGCUAUGGCGUUACAGCAGGCGCUAGCCCAGAUACUCCCGCCGCCGUUGAAUCAAACAAAUAACACGGAAAACGGUCAGCAAUCCUCGCCACAAGUUUUACACAUAGUGCAAGGAAAGAGUGCUUCAGGGAACCAUCAGCAAAUCACUCUAGUUGACAAUACCCAGCAAUCGGUUAUAAACAACCCGAAUAAUACUCCAGUCUUGCAUAUUGUGCAGAACAAAACUGUACCUCCCGGCCCUACGUCCAAUGGAACACCAGCUUCUCAAACAAAUUCUUUCAGUGGCCUCUCCUUAGUAGAUGCGGGCUUGCAACAAGGCAAUCAACUUCUGCAUAUUGUGAACGCUGGAAACCAAAAGAAUGCAAACACCGGUCAGCUACUGAAGAGAGUGAAUCUUCUCACUAAUCUAACAAACGUUCAAGGAGGAAAUGAACAGAAAAUGGUACAAUUUGUUUGUAAAUCCGCUGAUGGAAAACCUAUACAGCUGAAUGGGCCUCACCAACGGAGCAUGGUUCUCCGACUACAACCGGUCGAGACACCCAAUCUACAACAAGCUCAGCCUAAACAAAUAGAGUCACAAGAUCUCAGUCCAACCCAAAGCGCUGCCAAAGACGCAGAAAUAAAAUCCCGUUCUAUUUACGAAGAAAAUUAUGCGAAAUUCAUACAAAGUUCAUCACCCAAAACCAAUUCUCCUGAAAAGGGGACGAGCUUACCCAAAUUCAAUCAAGCCUUUGGGAAACAAGUUUACCAAGAUGGUGGACAGAAAAACGACAUGAAUAAUGCGAAUGAAAUGUCGCCUGAAGAAAACCCGGAUUGUCAAGCAAAUGAUAAUGCUAUCAGCUUAGAUCAUAUAGGCCAGAUUGGAAGCCCACCGCUAUUAUUGAGGAAGCCUUCUACGUCGCAAGCUCAACCGAAUUUAGUUCAACAAAUUAAACAAACUAUAUCGCCAAUGAACAUCCACGGCGGUGUGAUAUACACUCGACAAAUACCAGUCAACCUCUCUGGAGGACAAACUAUUAACUUGAUCACUGUACCCAGCUCAGACCUAAUAGAUGAGUCGAAUCAAAAACAACAAAAUGAGAUGGAGCCGUCGAUAAUAAAGAUUGUUCCUCAAACACAAACUCACGCCAAUACAGAGAGUAAUGAGGAAACUAAUCAACUCAUGGGUGCGACAAAUGAAAACUCCCACUCUACCCAGCAACAACCAGUUUUGACGCAAAUGCGAAUAAAAUUGCCAAUGUUAAGUAAAGCACCACAGGUGGUCUCUGGAGGGAGAGUUGUGAGGCCAUCAUUCUUCCAAAUACAAAGAAAUGUCAUUUCUGGAACCAACCAGCCUGUGUAUCAACAGUUGGUGCUUACAGCAGCUCCACAGCUGGGGCAACAAACCGUAAGAGUACCACAAACUUCGCAACCAACCGCACAGCAAACUCCUCAACAAACAAGCCAUCAAACUAACCAGCAAGCUAGCCAUCAAGCCAACCUCCAAACCAGUCAUCAAACGAGUCAUCAAACUAGUCACCAGACGAGCCACCAAACUAGCCACCAAGCUAGCCAUCAAACUACCCUACAAACUCCCCAACAAGCGCCCCAACAGGCCACCCAGCAGCCCACCCCGCAGGCUACGCAACAAACUACCCAACAGACCACCCAACAACCUACCCAGCAAACUAGCAAACCAGCUAAACCAGCUGCUACUGCACCAAGUGCCAGCGAAAGUCAAUCAUCAACCGAGUCUAUGAGCUCAUCGACACUAGAGCAGCUUAGAGAGUUUGAUUUAGUACUGGAACAAGUCAAAGAAAGGAGCACGGUGCAACCCAAAUCGAAAAAGGGUUCGAAAAAGUCAAAAGACAAGACUGACUCAACGGCCUCUACUAGCUCAGCUUCUGGAGAGUCGUCUCGUGCUCAACCACAUAAGCAGCACCAAGUUCUCUACUCCAUCGGGAACACACAACCUUUGAAUGUUUCUUACGUGAACAAGAAGUCAGCAACACCAGGCCCAUCAUCUACGUCAACACCGUCGACUUCAUCUUUCGCAAGGUCACCUGAUUCUUCGGGUAUCGUUGACUCGUCACCCUCUUCAUCGUCACAUAGUCAGAUCCCCCACACGGUUACCAGCGAGCCCUCAACAUCUGACGCUCCAGCUUCAUCUAAAUCUAAAUCCAGUUCAAAGUCUAAAUCAAGACCAAAAGCGUCAUCGAAUCCUCCGAAUACGCUAAAACUUAAUACUACUCCUCCAAAGCCAUCCACUCAAAAGCCGGCCGAAGAUGAGCAAACCACGCAACGAAUUCUUUACAUCUUAGCUGAAUACAAAGAACAGGUGGAAAAUUCUCCUGACAAAGACAAACCAGCUCCGCGACGAAGAAACAAUCCACCUUCAAAUCCAGGGUCUUCGAAGCGCAAAAAGAGCUCCAGUUAUCGUCGCCGAGAUUUGAGUCCUGCGGACGACUCCUGUAGAACUAUGGGGUCUGAGGACAGUAGCUGUGGUACAUCACAGGGAGAUUGCAACGACAGCUGCAUUGACAGCCAUUCCCCUCAAGACAGUCCACGCAAAGUCGUGCGGAAACUUACUUUUGAGCAGGAAACACCGACCACACCUCAACCUAGGCCACAGCCACAACGUAACGUCAUUGUUGCUGAUGGUCAAACAAUCACCGUGGCUCGAGGCACGGCUGGUAAACCUUCCACCGCCGCCGUGCUCAUGCCCGCUAACUACAUCCUACCAGUUUCUAUGAUCAAAGGUGGCCAGCAAAUUGCAAUAGUGACAAACAGAGGCCCGAAGCUACUAACAGUGGGAGGUGGAGAAGGUGGAGGGAAUGCACUGCUACUGCAGCGUCUUAUAGGUCCUGCUGGACUGAAGCCAGUGCUAGCACGUCCAGGGGUGCGACAUGUCCGCUUACCAACUGCGGCGCUUCAUAAUCUCCAAGCGUUCAACUUGGCGACUGCCACCACUGUACAGCCGCCAGAUAGUACCGCCUCUCCGGCUCCUGCACCAGCCCCGCCUGAGUUAAUUGAGACGAGGGCCAACAGUUCCCCUUGGAGGGAUCGUGAUGCGCAGGAUAUGAAGCCUGACCGAGGAUCCAGCCCUGACGGAGGAGAGCCUUGGCAUCUCCCGGCCACAGCCAAUCCUCACGACUACAGCUACGAGGAGGUGGUUCGCACCGACAACAUGGAGCGCACUGUGCUUGACCCGAUCCCAGAUAGAUACAGUCCCGAUAUGGAGGCGCAAAGGAUAUUUGAUAAGAUGUUCGACGUCGAUUCAAAACGGUCUUACAUGGUCGGUUCGCACGACGAUUCGCCGCGAUGCGGCUACGAUAUAGACGCGUCAGAUUGCGACGAUAAGGGCUACCAUCAGGUUGUACAGAAGAAAGAUGGGUCGCAACAAAGGCAGCACCGUUUGAGCCACGUGUCCGCUGCGGCUUUGCGACACAAAUAUGCUGUUCUGGAACAUGAAUUGAGAUUACAGGAUUUUCUUUCUCAGAAAUCGUUGUCGGAGGAGUGUGAGGACUUGGGCGUGGACUCUCCAUCCGCCUCGGAGUUAUUCCCUGAAGCUGAACUGUUAUUCGCCGCCUCACCUGCGCAUGAUCAUACACAGGAUCAUGGACACCAUUCGCAUACUCCACAACCGAUGAUGCACCAUACCAUAUCACAACCGGACUUAGAUGACCAGAUUGCCACCGACCAGCUGUUACCUAGGACGAACAUACAUGAUGACCAGAACGACCUAGGUCUAGGUCUCGAAGAUGUAGGCAUAGUCACUGUGAGCGAGGAUGGGAUGCAGGCCACUAUAGCGCUGGACCAGGAGGAGUUUGCCCGGUCUCAUCCUAAUACUACCUUCCAUAGUGAGCCUACGGAUGAGGGAGAGGUGCAGCCAUUCACAAUAAGCGGUCUGAAAGGCCGUCACAUAACAUCGACGAUAUUCCACGCGAACCGGGCCCCCGGCACCGUGCUGAUGACGGCGCCGCAGACCACCGUCAUCUCGCAGGCCACCGCCGAGACCAGCGGCCCACACAACACGGUCAAGUACUCCGACAUCGACAACAUGAUCAACUCCUUGCCCGGACCGCACACACAUAACAACAUCAACCUAUCCUCAGUACUCGUCAAGGACGACGGACUCACAAGGUUCGACAGCAUUCUCAACGACAAUAGAGAACUGCACCUCUCCAACACCGCGUCCGCCAUCGUCCACGCCACUGGCAACAACACCACACAGGUCAUCAGGCGAGUCUGCUACGGCAACAAGAGGGAACAGACCUCACGGUUCCUCAUCGACGAACACGAAGGCCUCAUGCACAACCACCACACCAAAAUGAUGACAGACGACUCCAGAGAUUUCGGAGACGUCGAAGAUGAGGAGUCUUCUCCCGAACGAACUGAACUGUUCUGGGAGUCCAACUCCGCGUCAGAACGCGAAACACGACGUGCACUAGAUUUCAGCAGCGACAGCGACAAAUGUUGCAAGAGCCCAUCCUUCGAGGAGAAUAAUUCUACGGAUUCCAGCGGGAUUGGUGCUCAUAUGAGAUUGGACUCUGUUAUAAAAGAGGCGCGGGGCAUUGAGAGGCGUUGCAGUGCCGAUGGGUCGUCGGCGGACGACACUCACGCCCCGCCGCUUCGUACGUAUCCUCCCAAGCGCAUGUACCAUCACGCGCUGGACGCCGGCGCAGCGCGGAGCCUGUCCGGGAAGACUCGGGCGGGCGAGCGCUCGCCUGAUAUGCACACGGAGCGACACGACAGGCACGAGAGACACGACCGGCACGAGAGACACGACAGGCACGAUAGACACGACCGCCACGACCGACACGACAGCGCGGAGGGCAGGCGGCGCGCGUCCGGCCGCGGCGUGGUGAAGCGCGGCUGCCACUGCUGCAACGGCGAGCCAGCCCCGCCUCGCCCCAAGAAACCCCGCCAGAGGAAACCCAACAUUGACUUUACUGCAACUAACUGACAUACGACACAUUGUGAUUACCGAUUUCUACAUUAAGGCUGUGGCAUUAUUAUUAUAUACUCCGUCUGCCACGCCAGACUGAAACGCGAUCUCUUUACUGACGAGGUUUCACUUUUUUAGGUGUAUUAUAAAAAAAGUUGUUGAAAUUGUUUUGUAUAUAAUUUUAUAAGUAAAAAAAAAAUAACCGGUAGCUAAGUUCACAGCAGUUUGGAUACGCGCGAUUAUAUUUUUUUGUUAAAGUUGAUCGAAUAAUUCUUCGCAAGUUCCUUUACGUGUUAUUAUUUUCUAAGUAUGUCACCGAUAAGUUCAAAUUCGUUUUUAUUUUGUAGUUCCAACGUGGAUUCUCUUGUAGCGUUGUUUUUUUAUUUCUUGUAAUAUACUAUCCAUAAACAUAUUUUGUAUCGAUAUAUGUAAUUGUAUAAAAAUGUAUUUCUAUAGGUAACCUCUAAUAGACGUAAGUGUUUCCGUUAGUGAUUACAGGCCAUACUCAAAUAUGAAUUUAAUCGUCUUUUAGCGGUGUAGUUGUAUUAAUUUAUAACAUUUAUAAUAAAUAGCCCUUCAUAACGAUGCUAGACUGAUGUUGAGGUAAUGAUUCGUUUCAUUAGCGCGUGGUCACGUUUGAUUCGAGCCAAUAUGUAUGUAUAUUUAUUUAUAUAGUGUAGUAUAUUUGCGCAUAGUUUUAGUUGUAAGCUACUUCCAUGUGACACAGCACAAAGUGAACUAUUCAUAAACACGAUGGGAGCUUUAACUUGGUGAUUUGAAUUAUUUUUGAGAUUUUGUUUAUCAUAAUAUUUCGGUGCCAAUAGUUUAUGUGGCGCCCUCUACUCACCUGCGCUUUACAUUACGUUUCCAAAGGGCGUUAAUAUCGCUGUAUUUAAUAAAUAAAUAAAUAAAUAUAUAAACAUUUAAUAGUAGCAAUGUGUUAAGCUAGUGUGAAUUUGAUAUCCAUAGUGUAAAACAUGUAAAUAAAUUUUUGAUCCCCAAUUUUUGUUUAGGGGACGAUCUAGUCACUAUAGUACCGAUAUAUUGUAGCGUUAUACGUGUUACUCAGACCAGUCGAGCACAGGGCCGCUCGCUGGCAUCCCGGGCCGGCUCUAAGCCGAUGAUUCAUUUCCUUACAGUAUUCUACCGCUUGUGUAAAUAAAGCCGUAUUAGUAAUGACGAGAAUAAUGGUUCAUUUGUUACUAAUUACAAGAAUAAAGUGUGGAAAAGUUAAAAAAAAAAGAAUAAAACACUAAAUUCUCGACGUUUAGAAUCAAAGUUCAUUCCGAAUUUGUAAAUAGUGGAAUGGGGGGGAGUGUUUAAAUUUUAGUGAAUUUAGUGAGUUUCGACCUGUUUUGGGUCGUAUAGUGAAAAUUGUAAUGGGGUAAUUAUGUGCACUGGAUGGGUGGUUUUAUGGAGCCCAUAGUUCAACUUAAUUAGUCGUAAGCUCGUGUUAGUGUGUACGGCUAGUAGUGUAUUGGGACGCGUCCGUCGCGCUGUCGGCUCGCGUACGCCCGCCUCCGCUAAAGACACUAAAAUUACCACAUCCAAUAUUACGACUAACUGUAUGUAUUAAUUAUUCUGAGAGUUUUUGAAACCUACGUAUUAUUUCGUUUUGGAAGAAAAAAAUCUGCCAUUUCUUAAAGUAAGGUUCGAAUUUUUUAUAUAUUUCAGCAUGUUGUUAUUGUUCUUGUGACUCGUAAUAUUGUGGGUAGCGUCGUACCUCCGAUAUUAUAGUUUGAACGAAAAAAUACAGUAUUGCAAAAGCGUUUUUGUUAUAUUUUUCACUUAGAAGUUUAAAUUUAUUAGCUGUAAAAGGAAACUAUUAAUUAAAAGUUUAGGGAGUUUCAUUAUUUUUUAAUUAAAAAACAUUUGUGUUUUUGUGAUUACAUACUGUAAACAUUAUUUUUAAAAAUGCUACAGAAAAAAUGAUCAUUAAAACUUAUCUAUUAAAA